UUGAGAGCCGCAGGUGGGACGUCAAACUGGCCGCUGCUUUCACCCGUAGUUUAGCCGUCGAUUUUUUUCAUCCUCCGCGAGUGCGUGAGAGGCGCUUCUGGAAGACAUGGGGAAGCUUCAGGAAUUCGAGAUUACUUUCACUAAUAACAAAGUGGUCUACAACCCCGGUGAAUCCAUAUCAGGAACUGUGCGAAUUAAAACAAGCCACUCCUUGCAGUUUAAAGCCAUUAAAGUCUGCUGUGUGGGAUCGUGUGGCAUCUCGUCCAAGCUGAAUGAUGCAUCAUGGAUGCUUGAGGAAAAGUACUUGAGCAGCACACUGUCUGUGGCGGAUAAAGGUACUCUGCCACCUGGUGAACACAGCUUUCCGUUUCAGUUUCUCAUUCCAGCAUCAGUUCCAACCUCGUUCGAAGGCCCAUUUGGCAAGAUUUUGUACAAAAUUCGAGCUUUUAUUGACACACCACGGUUCUCAAAGGACUACAAGGCCCAGCGACCCUUCUACCUUCUCAAUGUGCUCAACCUCAAUGAGUUGCCGGAUAUAGAGCAACCCAGCUGUGCAGUGACAACGAAAAAGUUUAACUACCUCCUGGUAAAAACAGGCACGCUUAUGCUGAAGGCUUACACUGAUCUAAGAGGAUACACUCCAGGACAGGUCAUCAAACUCUCCGCUGAAAUCCAUAACAAGUCUGGUAAAGACACCGGCUAUGUGAUGGCUAGCCUGAUUCAGAGAGUUUCGUAUAAGACCAAGCGUCCAGUAUUUGAUUUGCGGCCCAUAGCAGAGGUGGAGGGAGCAGGAGUGAAGGCAGGCAAACAUGCGGAGUGGAGAGAGCAGAUCAUUGUCCCUCCUCUUCCUCAGUCAGGACUCACCGGCUGCAACCUCAUAGAUAUUGAGUACUUUAUCCAGGUUUCACUAAAAUCUCCUGAGGCUGUGGUCACGUUACCCAUCUACAUUGGGAACAUUGCUGUAAACUUGACUCCCUCCAUUCCUCACCCCAUGGCUCAUGGCGUCCCGAUGCCCACCGGGCCGAGCCUCAAUCCAGCAGCUAUAGUCCCAAGCGCACCUCCUGCAGAAGACGAGCUGGCGGGACAGUUGGCAGCUGGAGGAGGCGACAGCGAGGAGAUCCCCACCAAGAGCCAUUCUCAGCAGGACCCGUCCGGCGUUCCUCUCUCUGUGGCUCCUUUCGGUCAUGCAUCGGGUCCAGUACCACCACAGAGCCAGCAGCAUGUCCAGUCUACAGACGGCUCUGCACCACUCUUCUGUUUGUCCACAGGAGCCACUAUACCUUUCUUCACUGAUGGGAACGCAACGCCAGUGCCCACGUCCUGUCCACUCAUCCUGCCCCCCGAAUACAGCACCUGGGAAUACCCACAUGAGCCUCCUCCCACAUAUGAGGAAAGCUGCAGUAGCAACAACUCCAGCUUCAAUAGUAGCAUGAGGUAGACGACGACAAUUCAGAUGUCCUGCUUCUUUAUCAUGCCAUUCAUCUGCUGCCCCCUGCUGGACGGUACAGGCAUUGCUGCCAGACCCCUACAUCAACCAAAUAUCUUUAAACCUUUAGGAUAAUUUCCUUAUGUUAUGUAGUUAACCCCUUCAUAUCAUCAUUUCAGCAGAAAACAAGCGGGGAGAAGGUUUCAGUGCCUAAGAAGACGUAGCACUCUUGAAAAACAAAACCCCACUCAGAGAUUUUGCGAAAUAAAUACCAGCAUCUGAAGCAUUUCGAAGUGAAAGUUACACUUUUUCAUUCAACCAAGCCUGGCCUUAUGUGAAGCUCAUCAGAGAAUGUGCUCAGUAGAAUAAUUCUGCCUGACCGAGGGAAAAAAUCAAAUGAUUCUGACAUGCUUGUGGUGCAGCGGUGGCUCUGAACCAAAACACUGGGCCGCAGAAAACGUUACCCUGCAAAGAACAAGUUUAUUUAUUAAAGGUGAUUGAUGGGACUUUUUAACUAAUCACCAAACAGACACUGUGUGGAUACAGCUUGGAAAUACCAAUGUAGUCGCCAUCAUGGGCACAUAAGUCAUUGUCGCUUGGCCAAAUGGUAGCCGAGGUCUCUUGAUGAAUGCUUAAGGGAACAAUAUAUUGCAUAUCGUUUCUGAAUGAAAACUACUUUCCCUGCCUGUCGAGAGAUUUUUGAAGCAAACAUCAGACUGCUGACUCAUUUCUGUUAUCAUAUUUACACCAACCAAAAACAAUACUCCUCUUUUUCUUUUUUAGAUUUCACAGUUUCACCCUGGAAUUAUUAUAUAACCAACAGUCCUUUUUUUUCCAAAGUUCGCAUUAUGGCAAUGCUGGUCAAAUGGUUGAUAUCAGAAAUGUGCGUCAUUUGAAAUCAAAUUUUAUUUGAAAUCAAUAAUGACUUAACUUCUAGUUGAUCAUUUGGAAAAGUGGCAAACACUAGAUUUUGCUGACGAAUCAUCUGUUGAACUGCAUCCCAAUCAUCACAAAUAUUGUAGAAGACCUACUGGAACUUGCAUGGACCCAAUAUUCUCAUAGAAACCAGUCAAGUUUGGUGAAGGACAAAAUCAUAGUUUGGGGUUACAUUCAGUAUGGGGCCGUGCGAGAGAUCUGCAGAGAGGAAGGCAACAUCAACAGCCUGAGGUAUCAAAACAUUUGUGCUGCCCAUUACAUUACAAACAACAGGAGAGGGCAAAUUCUUCAGCAGGAUAGCGCUCCUUCUCAUACUUCAGCCUCAACAUCAAAGUUCCUGAAUGCAAAGAAGGUCAAGGUGCUCCAGGAUUGGCCAACCCAGUCACCAGACAUGAACAUAAUUGAGUAUGUCUGGGGUAAGAUGAAGGGAAGACACUGGAGAUGAAUCCAAAUAAUCUAAACUUUUUUUCUCAGCAAAGUCAGACCUUACUGUCCUAAUUAAAUAAUUAAAAAUCAGGACAUGAUCAUAUUACCAAUACCAAAUACCAAAUGAUACCAAAUGAUCAACUAGAAGUCAAGUUAUUAUUUGUUCUUCCUAAAACUUGGAUAGGCGACAAGACGUUUGUCAUGUAGUGUACAUGUGUUUUAUAUGUGACUUUUGGUCGUAUUCAUCAAUAUUUCUCAUAUUACCCCUCUACGAAUGGAGAUUUAUGAUGGAUUUCUGGUGAGGCCUUAGGCUGUCGUGUACAGUCCUUUAAUAUGGCAAACACAUUUGUUUUUUCAUGAUGACCAGUUCAGACCCUUCAACUGUUGGUGAUUUUGAAAAAUUGAAGCACAAAAUGGCACUUUUAUGUGUAUGUAUAUAUGUGUGUGUGUGUGUGCGUGUGCGUGCGUGUGUGUGUGUGCGUGUGAAUGUUUUCUCCACUUCCUCUCCAAAAUAUGAAUAAUCGUUUUUCAUUUUUAGAUCAGUAUUGUUAUUGUUUUAUCUAGUUCUUGAUUUAGCAAGGAAAGAAAGUCUGAUUCGGAACACAACAGAACACAUAAAUCAUGUUCUGUGUUAUUUUAUAUUACCAAAAUAAAAUAAAAAACAUGUUUCGGUACUCAUUUCUGGAUAUUGUUUUAGAUUAAUGUGCUAUGUUUCAUUUACAGUGCUGACAGAAAAUAAUAAAGUGAGGUCAUUGUACAAGCAAGGUGCCAUUUGUGUACUUCAAAUACAACAGUAAACUAAUGGAAAUAAAAUAAUAAUAAUACAUGAACAUGCAUAGCUCUAUUAGAUUUUUUUAAGGAUCUGUUUUCUGGCCUACUUAAAAUUUGGCAUUUUGAUUGGACAUUGAUUGGACUCUCAUAAUAUUAUGUUUUAUUAUUUUUAGGUAAUAUUAUGCUUUUUAUUUUAUUAUAACUAUUUUAGUAUUCAAAACACUUUAAUAAAUUGGUUUAUCAGGUUUGUUAUAUUUAUUUUAUUAUAAAAUCUGAACACUGAUUUUUUUAUUGAAUAUUCACUGUGAAAAUACUAUUUAAAAACCUUGAAAUGGAUUAGCGCAGUUCAUUACUUAAACACACUGUAUCAUAGUAAGAUUUAUAAAACUGGUGUCCUUUUAAAAUCACCUUUUAAGACUACAAAAGGCACAUAUUUUAGAGAAUGGCCCAUUCAGAUUCAUAUCAAGUGGCUUUUUCUGUGCUGAUUGCCUCCCCCCGCAGGCCACUGUGACUUUUAACAGUGCAGCUAAACAUAAAUUCAGAUUGAUUCUUCACUGUGAGUGCUCAAAUCUCUGCGAAUGCAUACAUUGUAUGAAAGAUUAUUCAGAAAAAGAACAUUUAAAUUCACAUCUGUUAUCGCAUGUCAUUAGAGAAAUCCCUGACUUGAAGUUCUGUAAAUGUUCAACCACAUUUUGCCUUAACUGUGAAUCUGAAGCAUCGCUGGUCCCGUCAUACAGUAAUUAUAAAAAAGAAUGUUGCAUCAAAUGUAUUGUUCAUUUGUCUCUCGAGCCUCUUAAGCUUUCUGUUGGCAUCAGAAAGUGUCGUAGGAGAAAGUAUAGAUGAUAAUUUGUAGCAUUUCUGUAAAUGCUGAAGUUGCGGCAUGGACAAACUCUUCUUCAUGACUUAUUUUAACCAAAGUUUCAGCAGCUUUAUCAUUUCGUCAUUAUGUGGUACUUUUCUUUCCCUGGAUUUUCCAGCAGGUUUCGAAACAAAGUAGCACGAUUGUGGAUCGAUGUUUUAUGUAAAGUUGUCAAACAGAAUCAAACUUGUACAGCAAAAGUAAUAAAAUCACUUCAAUUCUCAUUUUUAUUCUGCAAA